CGCACAUCAUUUAGUCAAAGGAACAGUUCCAUUACAAAAUACCAUUGUGCUCCACAUUUACAUUAUUCCGUAUUCACAUUAUAACUUAGAAUAUAAAAAAGCUCUGCUUGGUUGAUUUAAUAUGGAUAAAGCAAUAAAUACACUACAACACACUAUGAAUUUUAUAAAUUGCUGCACAAAUAUGUGCCACGUGUUGUUAUAGUGUUUAGAUGAAAAACUAUCUAAAUAUGUCCUUGACUUAUUGUCAACUUUUAAAACUGGAGGUGGCGUGAGAAAGUAAUAACAAUAUAUGGUAAUACUUGACUUAAUAAAUACACCACAUUUAUUUUCAAGACCUACCAAAAUAUUUCACCAUAGCCAAAGUCAAUCUCCGUAAAAAGUUGACCUUUUAGAACCGAUCAGACUAAGAAGACGCUCUGAAAAAUUCCACAUCAAACCAUGCCUACCUUUUUAUAUUUGGAAAGGGUAGAUGAAGCUUUCUAAUUGCUUCACGGGUGCUUUUUCUAUAAAUGUAUACUGUUAGGUAGGAUCAUGGUUUUUAGGACUAAGGUUUAGUGUAAAGUUUAGAAUUCGGGUUAAAAUUAAGGUUAUGGUUAGAGUUAGGAGUAAGUUAAAGAACAUUGUCGGAAAUAUCAAUGGAUAUCAAAGUGCCAUGAUCCACGGUCGUCUGGAUGAGCGUAUCUGUCAUGUAUAGUGUGAUUUCCUUAUGGAUCGUUUGUGAAUUAACUGAAAGACAUUCUUAGAACACACACGCGACAACUAUGUAGUCUAAUGCCAUGCUUGCAGUGGUUUGUAGUGAAUAUUGCAGCAACUUCAGGACAUUUUUGCAUCUGGGUUGUGAUCGGUCAUCCAAGGUAACUGCCAUCUUGUCUAUGAUAGUUUGACUUUGCCAUAAAAAUUCUUAACCCAUAGGGUAAACUUUUGAUCAGAAACCAUUUUGAAACCAUGUUAAUGAUGAUGUUAGGCAACUUUUAAGUCCUAGAAUAGAUGGCGAAAAAGCAUAAUAUUCUGAUGUCUGGUUUUCCUUAUGAAUCACUGAAGUUAUUUAUAGUUAUAGGAUCGAUUUAUCGUCCAACCGUAGUUGCACCCUUAAUAUUUGGAUUUGUGAGUAAUUCCCAAUAUUGGAGUUAUUACUGAAGUUUUAUAGUUAAUAAUGUUAACAAUUUGCAAACCUCAUAUAUUUAUCAUCAUGAAUGAAGACUACCCAGUUGGAGAAUGCACAUAAGCGAAGUGAGCCAAAAGGUGGGCUCAGUGGGCAAUUUUGAUCGUCGAAUACAUGGGCGAAAAGUGCAGCAUAAAUUACUCACUAUAGCCCUCUUCCAUAUAAGUUCUUUUACUCACAAACCUUAUCCUACACCUAAACAAUACAAGACUAUGUCAAGCAGUGAGUCUAAUAAAUCUAAGCAAGCUGACUAGGAAAAAGCAAAAUAUACAGGUGAAAGUUGAAUAAUUCUAAGUUUUUCGAGAAGCAUUCUCGCCCCAGUUUUUCAGUGUGUUGCUGGGCUCUUUUUAUGCUUGUUAAACUCGCAAAAGCUGCUUCGGCAGAAGAUAAAUUGGCUGUUAGAGUACUUGAUUGUUGUGUGCUACACCGUGUUCUGAACUGUCCCUGACAAUGUUUUGGUGGAAAAUUUGAUGCUAGUUAUAAAUUAACACAUAUAGUUACGAGUUGUUUUCAUCUAUUUUCAUAUAGCUGGGCAUGUGGAGACCAAUGACAAAAGUUGAUCGAGUAAUUUAUUGACGUGGUGAACGAAAACAUAAUGCAAACAAAAAUUAAAAGGCCGGUUGGACUGUUAAUUUUAUUAUUCUGCAGUUACUUCUUUAUAUCAUUAGCCAAAAAGGCUAUACAGAAUGUGUACUCGCUAAUCCCAAAUGAAUACAAAGGGGCUAGAGAAAAUUCGCAACUGGGUUUGAUGAUAACAUCCCAAACAUUGGGUUAUACAGUUACAAAAUUAGUCGGUGGAGUUCUUAUGGAUCGUCUUAAUCCACUCAACGUAUUCAUAUAUUCACUACUCUUAAUUUCAGGCUUACUUUUCCUCUUAUCAAUUUCAUCACAUUGGUUGAUUUGGCUAUUGCUUUAUGGAAUGUCUGGUUUAACGCUUGGUUCUGGUUGGCCGGCCGUAUCGAAGUUACUUCGUAUGUAUGUAGCUCCUCAAGAACUCGCCACUUGGUGGGGUGUUAUAUCUUCAUCUGCUAAUGUUGCCGGCUGUAUAGGUUCUUGGUUAUCAAUUGGAAUCUUUUCAGUUUCAACAGUAUUUCUUGACAAUUUUGCAUGGCGAGCACCUUUAAUUUUUAUUGGAACUUGUUGUAUCAUAUCAGCUUUACUUCUGUUAGUCUAUCAACAUUUUCGAAUAGGAUAUCUUCCUAGAUCAGAUGAUAAAAUUUAUUCUAAGACUAUAUCGACAAAGUCUUCACCAAUUGAAAUUUCAAUGAAUAAUGAUCAAUCAAUCAAUCCUAAGAAUCUUAAAUCAGAAUUAAAACACAGAGAAGGCUGUACUAAUCAGAGUUUAAUAUCUAAAUCAACAACUGGAUCGUACAAAUGUACUAAAAGUAAUCAAGUAGAAAUUUUUGAUGAAAAAAUAGAAGAAGAAAAGAAAAAUGCUAUCAAUGAUGACAAUCAUGAUAAAUGUUUAACAACGCAUCCUGUAAAAUUGUCUGUUAUUCAUCAAAUUUCAAAAUUAUUUCAAACUUUAAGUCCAAGACAGCGUUUAUUGUUAGGUAGUUCUGCUAUUGUUCAUAUGUGCAGUACAUUUCUACGCUAUGCAUUAGCUGAUUGGAUUGGAGUAAUGCUUUUAAUGAAUAAAGAGGCUUACUCUAAAAAUACAGCGAAUUUGGUUGUUAGCAGUUACGAAUGUGGAGGAAUAGUCGGCUGCCUGUUUGUAGGAGUAGUAGCUGACAUCAAUUUAUUUAAUAAGCGUAAUUUAUGGGCAAGUCGUCGCAUGCCGUUUAUUAUCAUACAAAUGUCGAUUACAUGUAUUGCAUUACUUUGUUUAAGUUGGAUUGCAGAGCACAACGUUCCUUUGGCUGUUCCCUUGCUUGUUAGUUCAGUGCUUGGUAUUACUGUACUUGGAUCAAUUUCUUUAUGUGGUGUAUUAGCCGUUGAACUUGCUCCGCCUGGUCUCAGUGGUACUGCACAUGCGCUUAGUGCUCUCGCUGCAAAUAUUGGUGCUAUCUUAGCCGGCUACCCAUUCGCUCUUCUAGCAGAGUACAUCAAUUGGUCUGGUGCAUUUUUUGUUGCUGGGAUAGCAUCUGGAUUAUCUGUUAUACCUUUUUUAUGCUUUUGAGAUAUUUUACUGCUUUAUUUAUUUAUGUAUUUAUUUUAUUGUCAAAUAGAUUAUUCUAUUUUGCAUUGUUUAUUUCAGAUAUUGUAUCUUUGUUUUGACUGUAAGCUAUUCACUAAAUACUCUUUCAGUCUCGAGUUAUUUUCAGCUUAUAUGGCUGUAAUAAAUUCUGCUUUUUUCAUCUGGAAUCAUUUCAUAUACGAAUGUGUGUGUACAUUGGCCUUCUACUAAAUUAACUUGUGUUUACGCGCGCCUUAACUGGUGUGUCAACUUUAAUGAACCACUUUUGUGUUCAACAACCAGUACUUCGCUUUAUCUAUUAUUCCUUAGAAAUUUUUUAUAGUGGUGGUCGACAUGUUUUACUAUUCUCUGAUAACUAAUCAGAGAUCUUUUACAUAAACUAACUUGGUGACCUUUUCAAGAAGGUGGGAACUGUGUCUGUUUGUGACACAUGUCACAACAAGCUAUUCGAAAAAAUACCCAUCCUAAAAAUUAAAAUUGGGCGUAUAAAGGAACAAUAGUUCUUUUUUUUCAAUCAGGUGCUUCACUCUAAGACAUGGAGCUGUAAACAUGUAUUAAAUCCUAACCAAUGAUGGCGAUUUUCGCGUCCGUGAUAAAUGUUGUAAUAACAGCGGUGAUGAGAUUAAGUGGUUGACGCAAGUAACGAUAAAAAUGAUGAUCACAGUUUCUAAUGUAAGCGUUUCGAUAAUUAGAUUAG